AUGCGCUACACUACAAUGACAGCCUUUGGCCUGCUUGGUAGUGCAAAUGCAGCCACUUUUUGCAGCUCAGGUCGCUGGGUCAACCUCGCCUCCAUUCCCACUCCCCGUCAAGAGCAUGGGACCGUCGCCAUCGGUAACUCAACUAUUGUGAUCGUCGGUGGCAUCGCCCCUCAAGACAAUAGUACCACCGUAUUCACAACCGACCUAAUCCAGCUCUACGACAUCGCCUCCAAUACCUGGCGCACUGUAUCCCCGGCCCCCUUCAGAGUCAACCACCCCAACCUUGCCUCCGUGGCCCCCAACAAACUUUACCUCCUGAGCGGUCUGACCGACGUACCACCCCCAAAAGGCCAGGAUCUAGACAUCAACUGGAUUGCCUCCAAGGACUGCUACGUUUAUGACGUUGCAACAGAUACUUGGACCGAGAUUGCUUCCAUGCCUAACGGCACAGAGAGGGGCAGUCCCAUCGUCGGUGUUCACAACGAGAUGAUCUAUCUAGCCGGCGGAAUGACUGUCCUCCAGACUGGAUAUUAA